CAAAAACAACAACAAAACAUGGCGGUCUUGAUAAGAAACGAAGUGUUCUCCUGCUUCGUGUUCUACGGCGUGCUGCUGGUGAUGAAAAUGUACAUUGUCGCGAUAAUAACGGGACAAAUGAGGCUGCGCAAAAAGGCUUUUGCCAACCCCGAGGACUCGCUGAGACACGGAGGCUUACAGUAUCACCGAGAGGAUCCAGAUGUGGAAAGAUGCCGCAGAGCUCAUAUCAACGACAUGGAGAACAUCCUCCCCUUCCUCUUCCUGGGUGCCAUCUACUCCAUGACUGGACCUUGCCUGGCCGUGGCCCGCCUCCACUUCCUGGUCUUCUUCAUGGCUCGCAUGCUGCACACCUUCGCCUACCUGCUCGCCCUGCAGGCGCCGACCCGCUCCCUGGCCUACAUCGUGGCACAGAUACCGUGCGUCUCCAUGGCGCUGCAGAUCCUCAUCGCCGUGGCGGCGUACGCCUAAAACACCCCAGAAACGAGGGGCUGGACUCGAGGUUCUGGAGAGAUUGAUUGCGUCUUUUCACAGUAAAAGCACGAGGAGGACAGCGGAGAGAGGCCUCCUGUGAGGGGGGAACAUAAAAGACAGGAAUGCCAGUGAGAGUGCAAUAGGCGCGCGAUUACAUCCAUAAAUGGGUUUUGUGAGAUUUCGCCAGUAUUUUUUAAAUGGUUUUGUUUACAAUGUUGUAUGAAGUUGACAUCCCGGUAGCCUACUGUUCUAUUUUUUAAAAAAUGAAGUUUUGUUGCCCGCAUUUGUCUUUCGAUCAAGGUUCUGUUGAAAUGAACCGACGGAAACUAACCGACGAAGAGUUGUAGACGUUGGGUUGAGGCCACAUUGGAAGACUUUUCCAGCACUGACCCCCUCUUUUGUGUUCACUGAUGACUUGAUACCCACCUGCAGAAAACAAGAACGGUGAAAGAAUUUUAUAUCUGUGAAAACGUGUCUGGAAGCUUUUAAAAGUGUUCUUAUUAUAAUUUAUUAUUAAAUGCAUUUUUGUAAGCAAUAAAACAUUUGACGCAUCUAA